UCAGACAGCUCCGGACAGGACCGUGAGCACAAGCCGUUCCGCGGGCACCUCUGAUCCCAGCGGGACCCCCGCCCAGCCAUCCGCACACCCGGCCAGGCCAGAGGCCAGCGCGCCCCGUCGGUAGCUCUCCAUCCACCUAUCCCUCUCCAGAAGCCCAGUGGAAAGCGAGCACCAUGUUUAGCUGGCUGAAGCGGGGUGGGGCACGGGGCCAGCAGCCAGAGGCCAUCCGCACGGUCACCUCAUCCCUCAAGGAUCUGUACCGCUCCAAACUGCUGCCCCUGGAGGAGCACUACCGUUUUGGCUCCUUCCACUCACCUGCUCUCGAGGAUGCCGACUUCGACGGCAAGCCCAUGGUGUUGGUGGCCGGCCAGUACAGCACGGGCAAGACCAGCUUCAUCCAGUACCUUCUGGAGCAGGAGGUGCCUGGCUCCCGCGUAGGCCCUGAGCCUACCACCGACUGCUUCGUUGCUGUCAUGCAUGGUGACACCGAGGGGACCGUGCCUGGCAACGCCCUUGUCGUCGACCCUGAGAAGCCUUUCCGCAAACUCAACCCCUUUGGGAACACCUUCCUCAAUAGGUUCAUGUGUGCCCAGCUUCCCAAUCAAGUCCUGGAGAGCAUUAGUAUCAUCGACACUCCGGGCAUCCUGUCUGGCGCCAAACAGAGAGUGAGCCGUGGCUAUGAUUUCCCUGCCGUCCUGCGCUGGUUCGCCGAGCGUGUGGACCUCAUCAUCCUGCUCUUCGAUGCCCACAAGCUGGAGAUCUCCGACGAGUUCUCGGAGGCCAUCGGCGCCCUGCGGGGCCACGAGGACAAGAUCCGCGUGGUGCUCAACAAGGCCGAUAUGGUGGAGACACAACAGCUGAUGCGCGUCUAUGGGGCGCUCAUGUGGGCGCUGGGCAAGGUGGUGGGCACGCCCGAGGUCCUGCGUGUCUACAUCGGCUCCUUCUGGUCCCAGCCCCUUCUCGUGCCCGACAACCGGCGCCUCUUCGAAUUGGAGGAGCAAGAUCUUUUCCGUGACAUCCAGGGCCUGCCACGGCACGCCGCCCUGCGCAAACUCAAUGACCUGGUCAAGAGAGCCCGGCUGGUGCGGGUUCAUGCGUACAUCAUCAGCUACCUGAAGAAGGAGAUGCCCUCCGUGUUUGGGAAAGAGAACAAAAAGAAACAGCUGAUUCUCAAGCUGCCUGUCAUCUUUGCUAAAAUUCAGCUGGAACAUCACAUCUCCCCCGGGGACUUUCCGGAUUGCCAGAAGAUGCAGGAGUUGCUGAUGGUGCACGACUUUACCAAGUUCCACUCGCUGAAGCCGAAGUUGCUGGAGGCGCUGGAUGAGAUGCUGACGCACGACAUCGCUAAACUCAUGCCGCUACUGCGUCAGGAGGAGCUGGAGAGCACCGAGGCGGGCGUGCAGGGUGGAGCCUUCGAGGGCACCCACAUGGGCCCCUUCGUGGAGCGGGGGCCUGAUGAAGCCCUGGAGGACGGCCAGGAGGGCUCGGAUGAAGAUGAGGCCGAGUGGGUGGUAACCAAGGACAAGUCCAAGUAUGACGAGAUCUUCUACAACCUAGCGCCCGCCGACGGCAAGCUGAGCGGCUCCAAGGCCAAGACCUGGAUGGUGGGCACCAAACUGCCCAACUCGGUGUUGGGUCGCAUCUGGAAGCUGAGUGACGUCGACCGCGACGGCAUGCUGGACGAUGAGGAGUUUGCCUUGGCCAGCCACCUCAUCGAGGCCAAGCUCGAGGGCCACGGGCUGCCGACUAAUCUGCCCCGCCGCCUUGUGCCGCCCUCCAAGAGGCGCCACAAGGGUUCCGCGGAGUGA